UGCAAUCAACCGUGCGUGACUGGCAACUGUAAUCAACCAAUGUGUGACCCUGGCAACAGCAAUCAACCGUGCGUGUCUGGCAACUGUAAUCAACCAAUGUGUGACCCUGGCAACAGCAAUCAAUCAAUGUGUGAAUCUGGCAAUUGCAAUGAACCAAUGUGUGACUCUGGCAACUGUAUCAACCAAUGUGUGACUCUGGCAACUGCAAUCAACCGUGCAUGUCUGGCAACUGCAAUCAACCAAUGUGUGACUCUGACAACUGUAUCAACCAAUGUGUGA